GGCUCUAGGGCGGCAGAUAAGGCUGUUGCCAUGGUGAUGAAGGAGAUACCGAGGGAGGAGUCUGCAGAGGAAAAGCCCCUCCUUACUAUGACAUCACAGCUGGUGAAUGAGCAACAAGAAAGCAGACCCCUCUUGAGCCCCUCCAUUGAUGACUUUCUCUGUGAAACCAAACCAGAAGCCAUUGCCAGGCCAGUAACAUCAAAUACAGCUGUAUUAUCAACCGGUCUGGAUCUCUUGGAUCUGAGUGAACCUGUCUUACAAACCCAAAGCAAGACAAAGAAGUCAGAGAAUGCAUCAAGAGGUGAAAACUUAAAGCCUUCAACCCACAGAAAGAAGACAGACAACUCAGACCUUAUAAAUGUGGAUGCUGAGCAGAAGGUCCAGACUGGGAGAGCGCCAGAGAAAUCAUCAUUAGAUUUAGUAAAUAUUCAGACACAGCUCGAGAAAUGGGAUGAAGUGAAGUUUCAUGGAGAGAGGAACGCCAAGGGCCAUUCAGCUACAGAACGAAAAUCUUCAUCAUCUAGAGCUCCAUCAAAAGAGCUUUUAUGGUCUACAGAGAACAGGUCCCAGUCUGAGCUGACUAGUGUCAAAAGUGCCUUGGAGUCCAAUUCCGCAUCAGAUUUAGAAUUAGUACCUGCAACACAGGCACGAUCAACCAAAGAGCAGCGUUGGGGAGGUUCAUUCCUCUCCAGAAAUCACUCCUUGGAGGAGGAAUUUGAAAGAGCAAAGGCAGCUGUUGAGUCAGACACAGAGUUUUGGGAUAAGAUGCAAGCUGAAUGGGAAGAAAUGGCUCAGAGAAACUGGAUUUCAGAGAACCAAGAAGCACGGGGCCAAGUAACUGUCUCAACCAGUGAGAAGGGCUAUUAUUUUCAUACCGAAAACCCUUUCAGAGACUGGCCUGGUGCGUUUGAGGAAGGACUGAAAAAAUUGAAAGAAGGAGACCUGCCCCUCACUAUCUUAUACAUGGAGGCUGCCAUUCUACAAGACCCCGGUGACGCAGAGGCCUGGCAGUUUCUUGGUAUAACACAGGCAGAGAAUGAAAAUGAGCAAGGAGCUAUUGUCGCCCUCCAAAGGUGCUUGCAGCUACAGCCAAACAAUUUAAAAGCUCUGAUGGCCUUGGCUGUGAGCUACACUAAUACUGGCCAUCAACAGGAAGCCUGUGAAGCUUUAAGAAACUGGAUAAAGCAAAACCCAAAAUACAAGUAUAUAAUGAAGAGCAAAAGAGGGUCUCCAGCACUUACCAGGAGAAAGUCUGAGCCAUCAAAAGAAAGUUCAUUACUCGAAGAAGUAAAGGAAAUGUACCUGGAGGCAGCUCACCAGAAUGGUGAGAUGAUAGACCCUGACUUGCAAACAGGACUUGGAGUGCUCUUCCAUCUGAACAGAGAAUUUAACAGAGCAAUAGAUGCAUUUAAUGCUGCCUUAACUGUUCGGCCAGAGGACUAUUCAUUAUGGAACCGCCUUGGAGCAACCUUGGCAAAUGGGGAUCGAAGUGAGGAAGCUGUGGAGGCAUAUACUAGAGCUUUAGAAAUUCAGCCAGGCUUCAUUAGGUCCAGAUACAAUUUGGGAAUAAGCUGCAUCAACCUAGGAGCUUACAGAGAGGCUGUCAGCAAUUUUCUCACUGCUCUCAGCUUGCAAAGAAAAAGCAGGAAUCAACAGCAGGUUCCCCAGCCAGAAAUUUCAGGCAAUAUCUGGGCAGCUCUCAGAAUCGCUCUGUCUAUGAUGGACCAGCCAGAACUAUUUCAAGCCGCUAAUUUGGGUGAUCUGGAUGUUCUGUUAAGAGCUUUUAACCUAGAGCCAUAAAAAAAAAAAGCAGCCAAGUCACUAAGAUGUAUUAGGAAAUGCAAAACUCUUUCAUUACCAGUUUCAAAAUGACCAAGGACACUUUCCAAAAGAUCGUGGGCCAUAGAACACUAGGGGAAGUUCUACCAGACAUCACCUAAUUCCUGGAAAUCUUCAAAAGCACAAAACUUUGUAAAUAGUAUUGAACUCAAAUGAAGGAUUAAAAUGAACAGCAGCUAAUCUGACAAAGACCUGACCUAGAUGAAGCAGUCAUACCCGAAGAACCUUCAUCCCGUGCAAGAUAUGCACAUAUAUACACUCACACCUAUACAGAAAAAAUAUAUUUAAGACAAAAACCUAAUAAUCAUUGUUGCACAUUAGAGUGGGAAGCAGCACAUCAAAGGAACCGUAUUGCUCACUGCACUAAAUUGACACCGC